AGCGCGGAUGGCGGCCGGGCCGCGCCGCGCCGCCCGGUCCGCGCCUUUGCGGCGGCACCGCCCGGGACGGGACGCGCCGCGACGGGACGGGACGCGCUCCGCACCUCCCGGUACCGCGGCCGCGCUCCGUGCUCCCCCACAACCAAGCGGGGAACCCCCGCGAGGCUCAAGGGUUUGGGCCGUUUGGAGAGCACGCUGUGAACGCCAGCUGGAUUGCAGUUCAGGAGCUGGAGAAGCUGGGGCUGAGGGAUGACGUGGAUCUGCAUGUCUAUGAGGUCCCUGUUGAGUACCAGACCGUGCAGAGGCUCAUUCCUGCCUUGUGGAAGAAGCACAGUCCCCAACUGGUGGUGCACGUGGGGGUGUCGGGCAUGGCCACCACUGUCACGCUGGAGAAGUGUGGCCACAACGUGGGCUACAAGGGGCUGGACAACUGCCGCUUCUGCCCGGGCUCGCAGUGCUGCGUGGAGGGAGGCCCCGAGUGCAUCGACUCCAUCAUCGACAUGGACGCCGUCUGCAGGAGGGUCUCUGCCCUGGGGCUGGAUGUCACUGUCACCAUCUCCAAGGACGCUGGCAGGUACCUCUGUGACUUCACCUACUACACCUCCUUGUACCAGAGCCGUGGCAGGUCAGCAUUUGUCCACGUGCCCCCUCUGGGAAAACCUUACUCUGCAGAACAGCUGGGCCGGGCCCUGCAGGCCAUCAUAGAGGAAAUGCUGGAUUUUUUGGAGCAUUCUGAAGACAAAAUCAAUUGUCAACAUGAACACUGAGCAGCCUGGCCAGGAGCUCUCCUAGUAUUGCACUUCCAAAAUUUUCCCUGCUCUGCUGAAGUAUUGGGGAAAAAAAAAAAACAAAAAACAAAACUAAACAAACAACAGUUCCAGACCCAGAAUUGGAGACUUAAAAAAAAAAAAAAAAAAAAAAAAAGGAAAAUUCUACAAAUUCUUCUUAGGAAAUAACUUUUUUAUUGUUGUUGAAUCUGUGAGUAUCAGCCUGAGCAACAAAGGAUUCAGAAUCUCUUCUCUAGAGCAGCUGCAGCUCCUGGUUCCUCCUGAGGGCUUUGUGCUGGAGCUCCCAGGGGAUGGAUCCUCACCUCACCUGGACUCAGCCUCCAGUGCAGGGCAUUGCUCUCCAGCCCUCCCGUGGCUAACCCUGGGGUGGAAAGGUUUGCUUUCAGUUGGUUUGGGGUUUGUUUCCCCCCCUCUGACCCAGAUUCGGGGUGAUGCUGUGCAAGGGCAGCUGGGGAGGCGUGGGCUUGGCUUGGAGAGCAGAGUUUGGUGCUCUGAGGAGCCUGAAACUGCUUUGCUGGAGUGGAAAGUGAUUUUGGGCACUGAUUGCUCACCUCUAGCUGCAGUGGAAGGGAUGUGCCUGGGGUUCCUUUUGGAACCCAAAUCCAGCUGGAUUAUUUUUAUUUUUAUUUUUGGAUCCUGAAUCUUUCCAGAUCUCUUUUUCCUGCCUCCCUCUUGGCCCCCUCCCUUCCUCAAGGGUCUGCUGUACCAAACACCUCGGUUCAAAUGUGUCCCAAACCCAUCUCUGGUGGUGCAGAGCUCUGCUGAGGGCCACUUUCCCCAGGGGAGAUCCUCACCCUGGUGCUCCACGCUGUUUCUAAGGUGAAGGUUCAGUCAUUUCUCAUUUCCUCAGCUGCAAAUCCCCCCUCGUGUUCCAGGCUAGGAGAGCAAUGUUCAGCUGAGAUCCCAGUUCCACCUGGGUUGGAGUGGAGGCAUAAAAAAGCAGAUGGAAAGCCACAAAACCCCUGAAAAAUCAAAUGUCACAUCUUCAAGCCACCCCCACUGCCUGGAAACCAGAGGCAAUGGUCUGAAAUUCAGGGAUUCUGCUUGGAGUGAGGAUUGCAGGCUCUUUGCUGGAUUCCCCUCCCAGGGGGAGGGUUCAGAGCUGCUCCUGGUGAUGCUGGUCCUCUGGGGGGCAAGAUUUGCUGCCAGAUUUUGAGAUUGCAGCAAAAAAAACCCAGCUGAAAUUGGAGCAAACACAAACUGGGAGCUGAGGCCUCGUGGAGAGGCAGUUUGGAUGCAGAACUCUUGAUGCUUUUACAAAUAGAUAGAAAUGUCCAUUUAAACAACAUUUCAAAGGUUUUAAACGCCAUGGUUUUGAAUUUCUCUGGUGCUGACUGGCUCUGCUAUUGUAACUCUCAGUGAGAGCUGCCCUGAGCUUGCCAGGAGAAGUCUGGUGACAAAACCACUCCUUGUAACCCUCGAGACGGGGCAAAAACUCUGCUGAGGGCACCUGAGCAGGAAGAUUUUUUGGGAUAGACCCAAGGGAAUUCCUUCUCUGUUCUCCAUCCAAGGCUUCCUGCUCAGAGGAAUUUGCCUUCAAGUGAAAUAUUUUCAUUCCCAUCGACUCUGAGGUAGCACUUGUCAGAUUUCCUGAUUAGUAAUUUAUUUUAUUUAAUAUUUGGUUGAAAUCUUCAUGUUUUGACACAGUUUUGUUUUUUUUUUUUUUUUUUUUUUUUUUUUUUGUGGUUAGUUGAGUUCCUUAUCCCCAUAGGAUUUAUUCUUUGUUGGUGGGAAGUUUUUUGUCCUGGGUGUUUCGUAGCUGUAAAAUUGGAGAAGGGGAAAUAUCCCACAGGGCUUGGAGAUGGAGCAAUUCCCAGAAAAAACCCAACAAACCUGCUUAAUUCACCUCUGGUGUCACUGGGGGUGAAAUGGGAGUGGGAACUCAACAGAUUGGUGAGGCCACAGCGAAAUUGCAGGGGUGGGACCUCAGCAGGGGCAGGGAGGGACCUGGGUGGGAUCAGCAUCUCCAGGGGAGAUGUUCCCUGCCCAUCCCUGGUCUGCAGCCCUGGGGGGCUGGAGGUGCCUGGAGGUGCCCAGGCUGGGGCUGGGGGUGCCCAGGCUGGGGCUGGGGGUGCCCCUGGAUGGGGCUGGAGGUGCCCUGGAUGGGGUGAAGGUCCCCAGGGUGCAGCUGGAUGUGCCUUGGAUGGGGCUGGAGGUGCCCAGGGCGGGUCUGGGGGUGCCCAGGCUGGGGCUGGAGGUGCCCUGGAUGUGGUGAAGGUCCCCAGGAUGGGGUGAAGGUGCCCAGGGUGCAGCUGGAGGUGCCCAGGGUGUGGCUGGAGGUCCCUGGAGGUGCCCAGGGUGGGUCUGGGGUCCCGGGGUGGCUCUGGGGGUGCCCAGGCUGUGGCUGGGGGUGCCCAGGCUGUGGCUGGGGGUCCCCUGGCUGGGUUUGGGGUCCCCAGGCUGUGGCUGGGGGUGCCCUGGCUGGCUCUGGGGGUGCCCUGGCCCUGCUGGUGGCCCAGGCUCCAGCAGCUCCGUGGGCAGAGCAGCUUCCCACACAGGUUUGUUCAGCCUGGGGGGUCCAGUCCUGCUCAGCACCUAAAAAUAUUCAUUUUUCUGCUGUUCCAGGGGAAAAUGCAGCUCCAGCUCUGUGCCUGCUGGAGUUUGGGGACUGCAGUGCUUGGCCUGGGUGUGUCAGCGUUAAAAAUCCCAAUUUUGGGGAAUAUUUUGGGCGUUGUUUCUCCUCCCAAUCUGUUUUUGGGAAGCUCCACGUGAUUGGUUCCUUAGAAAAGAUAAUUUAUUUUAUACUCUUUUUUUGGGGGGGAGGUUUUGGGAAGUUAGCCUGAGGUUGUGUUUAUAAAAGGUGUCUUGGUGGUAGAGAAGUUUCCUGUAGCCCAGCUGGGGAAAAAUGGCAUUAAACUAAUUUUAUUUAAUAUGACUUAAAUUAAAUACUUUGGGGUUGGGGUUUUCUUUUAAAGCUUUUUUUUUUUUUUUGUUCAAUUCACAAAGCUUUUCCUACAGAUCCCUAUUUUCUUUGGGAAUAGGACAUCAAACUGAUGCAGAGCUUCAAAAAGCUGAUCUUUUCCUAAAUCCUAUUUGCUUUCCACAUCAUCAAUUAAUAGAAUUUGCUAAUUUGCACUGACUGGGAGACCUGCUGCCAACCCCAAAAAAAUUGUGCUAGUGAAUAAAAGCAUAGGAAGUUCAGGUGGAGUGCCUGUAAUGUGGGAAAAAUGUAAAAAAAUCUGAAUUUUUAGGGUGCUGUGAGUGCAGAAUCAUCUCUGGGGAUGAAAGUCCAGGGGGGAAAUGGGGCUGAGGAUUUUUGGUGUGGAAGAGAGGAUUUAGGGACGUUCUGCUGGGUUGGGUCUGGUGGCAUUUGUCUGCCCACCACGCGUUGGGCAGUGUUUUGGGGUGAAAAUUGGGAUGGAAAUUUAAUUCUUCCAGCCCUAAAGUGCUGCAGAGGAUUUUGAGGAGCUCCAGAGACUCAGCAAUGUCCCAGCUGGGUGAUGCUGCUGUGGGGAGCUGAAUUCAAUUUGGGAAUCUGCUUUGGAACCCCAGGAAAAAAUGAUCUUGGGAAGUUCUUGGCUUUAAAGAUUUCCUGGAGCUGAAUUAAAUUUGGGAAUCUUUGGAACCCCAGGAAAAAAAUGAACUUGGGAAGUUCUUGGUUUUAAAGAUUUCCUGGAGCUGAAUUAAAUUUGGGAAUCUUUGGAACCCCAGGAAAAAGGAGCUUGGGAGGUCUUGGCUUCAAAGAUUCCUGGAGCUGAAUUCAAUUUGGGAAUCUUUGGAACCCCAGGAAAAAAAUGAACUUGGGGGGCUCCUGGCCGUAAGGAUUCCUGGAGCUGAAUUCAAUUUGGGAAUCUGCUUUGGAACCCCAGGAAAAAGGAGCUUGGGAGGUCUUGGCUUCGAGGAUUCCCGUGGGAUUUGAUCCUGGGGGAUCCCUCCCAGCCUGAGCAGUUCUGUGAGGUGGCUGAAGGGUUUUUUUUGGGUUUUUGGGAGUGAAAAUUGGAGCGUGCCAGCUCCUGCAGAGCAGUUCACCUUCCCUGGAGCAUCCCCCGAGCUCCCAGGGGCUGGGAGAGGUGGGAAGGGAUGGAAAGGUCAGGAAGAGGGUUUGAGGUGGUGACACGAGGCUGCUGAGCCCCCAGAGUUAUCCCAGUGAUUCCCUGCAGGCUUGGAGACAUCAUUUAAAAAAAAUUAAAUAAAAAAGUUGUUCUGCUUUGGGGUAAAUUUGGGAUGGGUGGAGCCGUGGGAUGGUGAUGCAGGGAAACAUUCCUUGAGCCAGGGGUGUGGGAAUUAUCACCUGCAGGGGGUUUGUGCUGUGGAAAAUCCCCUGGGAAAAGGUGCUUGGAGGCUGAGCUCACCUGGGGCAGGUGUAGCAUCCAACCCCCCCCGUGUCCCAGAGAGGAAAUAUUGAACCUUGCAGGGCCUCAGCAGCUGGAAAAUGGGAUUAUCCCAGGAGAUUCCAGCCUGCUCGGGCAGCACAGGCUCCCAGUGCUGGCUUUGGUGAGGAAAAGUCUGAAAAAAAAGUUAAAAAUAUUCUGAAUUUCUUCUGAUGCUCCAAGAACCUGGAGCUGAGUUGGAGCUGGGUGAUCUUUAAGGUCCCUCCAACCCAAACCCUCCUGGGCUUCUCUGACUCCUUGGUGGGUGGAUUCUUUAAGGAAAUUUUGUUUUUUUAGGAAUUUCAGGAGGAGGAAGAGGAGCUUUUUCAAACCAAACUGGGAAAAGCCUUGGGAAGGGGGGGGGUUUGGGGAUCCCACUCCCACGGGAGCUGCAGCAGCGAUGAUGCUCUGGCCACGGGGGUUUGGGGUUAAUUCCUGAACCUUCAGCUCCUGGAUUUCUCACUCCAGCCACGGCUCAGGCACGGAGCUGCUGCAGGAGGGGGUGGUGGUGUCCGAAACCUGCCUGAAAAUCAGCAUCUUUAGGCACAAAAAGUAUUUUCUGUGGGGUUAUUUUCGUUCUGAUUUCCAGAUUUCACCCCAGCGCAGAUGGGAUUGUGAGCAGUGAAUUUGUACAGAUCCUUUCCCGAAGUAACUCCCUCCCUCUUCUCUCCUUCUACUUUAAUACUUUAUCCAGUAAUAUUGUAACAAUUUAAUCUUAUUUUAACCAUAGGAAUUUCAGAGUUGCAAAGGCUCUUUCUAAAUUUAUUGACUUGGAGAAACCCCCCCCCUUGUUGAUACCAUAAAUACUCAUCUUGAUCUAGAUAAAUUUCUUAUUUUUGCACCAGAAUCCCUAAUUUUUUUGCAGUAUAAAGUGCACUUUUUCAUAAAAAAAAAAUCUUGUAUUCCUGUCUGACGAGUGUUCUUAUGUUCUGAAAGGGAAAUUCUGCCAAAACUCCCGAGCUGAGGGCGUUAAUUCUUCGAGGUGUUCCCUGAAACCUGGGACCUGCUUCUGCUCAGUCUAUUUCUAGGACAAAACAGGGAAGGAAAAGCCUCCCCACAGCUUGGAAUUGAUGAUGGGAAAUGAAACUGUCACUACCCUUACAGAAAAACUGCGUGGUGCUCCCAAAUCCACGUCAGGCUUUGGGCUGCACCAGCCCCUUCCACCAGCACCAAUUCCUCUGGAGAUCAGGGAGUGCCUCGUCCUGUGCUGGGCUCGCCCUGGGGGCAGGAUGGGCCCUGGGGGUGGGGGGAAUUGGGCUGGAAAGCCCUGAACUGGUGGGAAUCCAGUUUUUAUCUGGGGUUUUAUCUGUGGCUGCUCCCCAGAGACUGCGCUGGGUUCCCCCGCUGUGCUCACACCCGCUCGGACCUGCCGGGGCAGCAGACAGGAUUUGCUGCUCCGUCCUCACUUUUGGUUGGGUUAACCAAAUUCCUGAGGGUUUUGGUGCUCCAUCUUCACUUUUGGUUGGGGCAACCCAAAUCCUGAGGGUUUUGUUGCGCCAUUCUCAUUUUUUAUUGAGUUAACCCAAUUCCCGAAGGUUUUAGUGCUCCAUUCUCACUUUUGGUUGGGUUAACCCAAAUCCAGAGGGUUUUGGUGCUCCAUCUUCACUUUUUGAUUGAUUUAACCCAAAUCCUCAGGGUUUUGGUGCUCCAUCCUCAUUUUUGGUUGGGGCAACCCAAAUUCCUGAGGGUUUUGUUGCGCCAUUCUCAUUUUUUAUUGCGUUAACCCAAAUCCUGAGGGUUUUGGUGUUCCAUCCUCACUUUUGGUUGGGUUACCCCAGUUCCUGAGGUUUUGCUGUCUCCUCUUGGGGCGAGGUGUUUGUCCUGACCCUUUCCCAGCCCCUCUCCUCGUGUGUCCCUUGUGAAGCCCCCCAGUGUCCGUGUGGGCAUCUCAGGUGGCACCUCGUGCUUGCCAGGCCUGCUGGAGCAGCAGUGCCAGCCCGGCAGGGUUUCUGGUGUGUUCUUGCAGUGCCUUGUAAACCCCGACCAUCCCGACGUCCCUGGGGGCCGGGGGCUCCCUCCCGGCUUGUGCUGCCAGCCUGGGCUUUGUGGCUGAGGAUUUGAGCCCCUUUCAAAGGAAAUAAAAGAGUUCAACUCUGGC